AUGGCCGGAUACAAUGGGCGUCGCGCCCCCAACUUCUCGCAAUAUCUCGAUGACUUGAACGCCAUUCCGUCCGCAUACGACCAGGCCCUGCAGCAACAGCAGCAGAACACCUUUAAUGUCGAUGAUGAGUUGGCCCUUUUCACCAACGCCGAGUUCUUCGAUUUCGAUAACUUUACCGGCCUGGAUCUGCCUUCCUUCGACCCAGUUGACAAGACGGCGCAUGGCGAGCUUGACCAAUCUACACAAAAUGGGGAUAUGAAGUUCUUGGACUUCCUGAAUGAUGGAAGCCUUGCAAACAUCACCGAUUUCCAGACCGAGCUGAAUGCCGUGAAUGCUCCGGUGCACAUGCCCAAUGCGCCCUUCGCGGCCAUCCCUGCGCCUAACGCCGCCACUGCUCCGGCUGUUCCCAUGCAGCUUCCCCAGAAUGUCGCCCCAGCACCCGCUCAGAGUCUUUCUCCGAUCUCACCCACUACGACCAGUCCUGUUGCUGGACCCAAGCGGAAGAACACCCAGAAGGCUCCCGAGGUCCUCCCUGAGGAGGCCUUGGGUAACAUGGCCGAGGAGGAUAAGCGUCGUCGAAACACGGCUGCCAGUGCUCGUUUCCGUGUGAAGAAGAAGAUGCGUGAGGCAGCUCUUGAGCGUACCGUGAAGGAGACCAAUGAUAAGAACGACGCUCUCGAGGCUCGUGUUACCCAACUUGAGUUGGAGAACCACUGGCUCCGGGGUUUGAUCAUGGAGAAGAAUGGAACCGAAGAGCGCAACGAGCAGUCUGAAAAGGCCAUCUCCGAUAUGUUCAAGAGCUUCUUGGCAUCACGCAACGAGCUUUCUUCAAGUCCCUCCGAGUCCAAGCACGGCGUUGGAACUAUUGCGUAA